GACUCUCAUCCGUACGCGGAGUAACGACACCGAGUGCAACAACUUUUUUGUCCUCUCCAUCGAGACGAGACGGCGUCGCACGAGCUGUGUGGUCAGCCUCAUCUGUGAAAGUGAAACUCAACUUCGACAUCAGCCUCCACUGACAGCUGGGCUGCUACUGUCAGACUUGGUUGGAGGACAAUCAACUGCAACUGCUGCUGCCGCUGCUGGUGUGUCUUGUGUGGUGUGGACUUUCUCACGUUGUGGUGGACACACACACACACCCACACACACAAACACACACUGAGACACACACGGGAGCUUGCAUGCCCGGUACCACCCCUCCCCUCUGUCUCUCUCUCACUCUGCUGCACACACACACUCACACAGACACACACACACACACACACUCGGAGAGAGAGGCGGUGUGUGUGUGUGUGUGUGAGUGGCGGACCCUGCCGUGUGGAGUGUACUGAAGAGGGGAGCGGAGAGGAGCGCAGCGGCAGACUCUACCAUGCCAGUGCAGGGAGGAAGGCUGAAGCGCCGUGUGUCUCUCUGCCUCUGUCUCUGGAGCCGGAGUCCUCUGCUGCUGCUCGGACUGUUCUCUCUUCACGCACAAGCUCACGGCAACAUAUUAGACAGUAUGCUGCUGAGAGCGUCCAACAAGGAGGCAGCGGAUAGCGGGAAGGAGGCGAGUGGCAGCACAGCUUCUGCGUCAUCCUCCCAAAGGUUACUGUGGUGCCACUGCUAUCACCACUGCCCCGAAGACUCGACCAAUCACACGUGCAGGACGGAUGGCUACUGUUUUACCAUGGUGGAGGAGGAGGGAGGGGUACCGGUCCAGACUGCAGGGUGCCUGGGUCUGGUCGGAUCAGAGUUUCAGUGUAGGGACACGGGGAGCUCGCGUCUGAGGAGAUCGCUGGAGUGCUGUACGGACCAAGAUUACUGUAACAAAAACCUGCAUCCCACACUGCCACCGCUCAAACCUCCUCUCUACGUAGACGGAAAGAUCCACCACAUGGCCUUGUUGAUCUCAGUCACCGUGUGCAGCAUCAUACUGGUCGCCAUCAUUAUCUUCUGCUACUUCAGGUAUAAGCGUCAGGAGUCUCGUCCUCGGUACAGCAUCGGCCUGGAGCAGGAUGAGACCUACAGCCACCCUGGAGAAUCCCUGAAGGACCUGAUAGAGCAGUCGCAAAGCUCUGGCUCAGGCUCGGGGCUCCCUCUAUUGGUGCAGAGAACGAUAGCCAAGCAGAUCCAGAUGGUGAAGCAGAUAGGGAAGGGGAGGUAUGGAGAGGUGUGGAUGGGCAGGUGGAGGGGAGAGAAGGUGGCUGUUAAAGUUUUCUUCACCACCGAUGAGGCCAGCUGGUCCAGAGAGACGGAGAUCUACCAGACAGUCCUGAUGAGACACGAGAACAUACUUGGUUUUAUUGCUGCUGAUAUUAAAGGAACGGGCUCCUGGACCCAGCUCUACCUGAUCACUGACUACCAUGAGAAUGGCUCCCUGUACGACUACCUCAAAUCAACCACUCUGGACAACAAAGCCAUGCUGCGGCUGGCUUACUCCUCCGUGUCGGGCCUCUGUCACCUCCACACCGAGAUCUUCGGCACCCAGGGCAAACCUGCCAUCGCUCACAGGGACCUGAAGAGUAAGAACAUACUGGUGAAAAGAAACGGGUCGUGCUGUAUAGCUGACCUCGGACUGGCAGUCAAGUUUAUCAGUGACACCAAUGAGGUCGACAUCCCUCCCAACACUAAAGUGGGAACAAAGCGCUACAUGCCUCCGGAGGUUCUGGACGAGACUCUGGACAAAAGUCAUUUUCAGUCAUACAUCAUGGCCGACAUGUACAGCUUUGGGCUCAUUCUCUGGGAGAUCGCUCGGUGUUGCAUCUCAGGAGGGAUCCUUGAAGAGUACCAGUUGCCGUACCACGAGUUGGUCCCUACAGACCCGUCUUAUGAUGACAUGAGAGAGGUGGUCUGUAUCAAGAGACUACGACCAUCGUUUCCUAAUCGAUGGACCAGCGAUGAGUGUUUGAGACAGAUGGGGAAGCUGAUGACAGAGUGCUGGGCCCACAACCCGGCCUGCCGCCUCACAGCCCUACGGGUCAAAAAGACACUUGCCAAGAUGUCAGAAUCACAGGACAUCAAGCUGUGAGCGGGCGCUGCCAGGUGUGUGUUUACACACACAGAAAGGGCAUUAACAAUUACACUGGCUCCGGUCCAGGCUGCACAAUCCUUUGUCCCGGGACGGGAAGCAAGAUCAUCACUUGGGGAUCAGAGGAUGAUAGACUUUUGAGUCCAGAUGCCCUGAACUCUGCAAUCCGAGUCUCCCAUGAAAAAAUGUAUUACAGGACUGCGGUGGUCAACUUAAAGCCAAUCAGGCCUGUGUGUGGCCACCUUCUGCCCGUCAGAGAAGAUGAGACAUUUUUAUUUCAGACUAGUGUGAGGACUCUAAAACCACGUUCCUGUUCACCUGCUCCGAAGGUCCUGGGAGAAAGUGUUUGGUUUUGAUGUGGCGCUGUAGCUGCAGAGAUCAUGAACGAGCUACUGACCAGCGAGUGGAGUACUGUAUCACCGCUUUCCGUGAAAGCUACCCUACCUGUAGAUGAAGGUCCGACUGAUAGAACGGGAAGGAAGUGCUUUAAGGCAAUCUGUUAUUGCAGCACGACGCCUCCUUUCAAAACACUGUCACCCCCCACUACUGUCUUUAUGUUGUAAUUGGCUCAAACACUUUUUUUGUCACUCUUAAAUCGACUGCUUGUGGUUGCGAUGUCUGACACUAUGUGACAGGGGAAAACAAAAAAAAGUGUAAUUUGAGGCUUUAAAAGUUUUGUUUACGCUGGUAAUGUUUGUAGACACUGAAGUAAAGUAUACCUGUAUUUUUGAGCUGUGACGGGAUAUUUUCCAUCGCGACUGAGUAUUUUCCAUGUAAAAAAAACAAACAAACAAAAAAAAACCUCAAACUCUCUUUAUGACUUCAUGUAAGAAAAAUAAAGUUUAUAUGUCCAAAUGAAA